UUGGCGCCAAAGCUUAAUUUCAGAACUUCCCCAAAGUUUUCCCGCGAUAUCAAGAAUGGAGAAAAGGAUGAAAGACCAUCAAACUCCACAGAGAGAACAAACCACAAAUCGUAGAUCAAGGAAGCCUCAGAAGAUCGCCAAAUGCUUGACUGCCUCAUUUUCAUCACUUUCCGAAGACAAAAUCCACUCAAUUUCGAAAGAGAACUCCUCUCCGAUCUCUGUUGUCUCAGACGUCAAUCAGAUUUCAGAUAUUGAUAGUAGUUUCUUGCAAGGUGUUAAUCCGGAAUUUUCUGCUUGCUGCGAUACCUCGCUUUUUCCCGAUUUAUCUCCAUCUUCAGUCGUCAGUUUUGACAAUGAACUGCUUGACAAGGUUUCAGUUGAUUUUUCUGGAUCUAAUGAUAUGAAUGAAGCAAGCGCGGGCUCAUUAGAGGCAGAGAUUGCUGUGAAUUCUCUACGGCGUGCUUUAACUCAAGUCCUGCUAUCUACGGAUGUUGAUCAUCAGUCUAAGAAGCUUAUAGAUGCAUCUAUGCGUAUCAUUGUGGACGACUUCCUUGCUAUACCUCAAGAGCGAGAUCGGAUUGCUCAACUUAUUUCUGUCAAAAAUUAUGUUCUCUCUAUGUGUGUAUUUCUGUGGAUCAUCGUCUUGGCUAUAGCUUUCUUUGUCGGUUCGGGAGUCAAGAGCUCUUUCACUGGACCAUUGCCAACUUGAACUUGAGAAGCAAUCCAUUGUUUAAGCAUCAAAGGUUAGAUAUUCAAUUGAUUUUGCUGUAACUUCUUACCUUUGAAAUUGGAAUUUGCCUCUUUCCUCUUCCUACAUAAGAAAUCUGCUGAACUUGUCGGUGAUCAAAACGUAGGUUUAACGGUUAGCGUAUUAUGAUUUAAAGCUAUUUGACAUUCUCAUGAACUUGUUGGUGAUCAUUUAACUGCUAAUUAGCGAGUUGCUCUGCUUUCUGGAAGAUCUUCUUGCAACUUGCUGAAUCAUUUGCAUACAUAUCAUUUCCAGCAUUAAUGCAUACUUUUUGCCACUACUUUUCCUUUUUCGUGCAUCAUAUAUAUGCAUAUUAUAUAUGCUAUUAUAAAAUGCAUUUGCGUCUAAUAGACGCGAUGACUCAAACAAUGAAAUCAUAUGAAUGAUUGUAGAGAAAAUGUUUGUGGUUGGCACAACCUGAUAUUGACAAUGAAAAAAUUACUGCCAUGCCAGCGCUUUGAAUGUGAAUUUAGAAAGAAAAUGUUUUGGAUUUUCCAUGAAAGACAUAGAUUUUAAUUAUCUCUUUUAGAUGGCACAAAAGCAUUGUUGUUCGGAUGGAGGGACACGGAUCUUUCAUAUUAUCGAUUUUUGUAUUUUAAUAUUAAUUUUGAAGAGUCAAAUUACAUUAUAUGCUAAAUAAUGUUUUAUUUUAAGCAAAACAUUGAUUUUACUGCAGUGGAAUAUAAAAUUCCUAGAUCCACCGGUGAUUGUUGCAUGUUUUUGUCAACUCCUUUCUGGUGCAUCAACUCAUCAUAUAUGCUAUUAUAAAAUAUAUUUUCUCUACCAAAAACAAUAACCUAAACAAUGAAAUCAUAUCAUAUAUGAUUGAUUGAAGAGAUCAUGUUAGUGGUUGGCAGGCAUAACCUGACGGCAACGACAGAAUUAGUGCCUAACUGACGGAAUAUGGUUGAAAUAUGUUUUGGAAUUUUAUGUAAGGAAUGGACUGUAAUUAGUUCUUUUAGAUGGCUCCAUAUACAUAUACCUUGUAUUGAUUGAUCCUUUGAGUAACUUGAAAUCUGAGAGGAAUGACUUGUUUAUUACAUUGAAUAAUCAAGGCUCUGCUUUGCUCUUUGAUGCUGUUUAGUUUUAACUUAAACUAACAAUUUGUUACAUGAAUUAAUGGUUGAGAUGCUUUAAAUCUAUUUUUCAGAUGUUCUAAACUACCAAGCACAUGGUCUUCACUGAUUCUUCGAGAAGUGUGUGCUAUAUAAUUCUGAAUUUGUAAUAUGAUAUUUUCUCUAAUAAUAACUAGUUCAUUCUUUUUACUUGUCCUCCUAGUAAAAUACAUUGUCAAUGAACUAUGCAAAUCUUUUUUCUUAUUAUUAUUAUUGCUGAUCUCUUUUUGUGAGUAUUGUUUAAGAUUCUAAUAGAUUUGGUGGUAGUUGAUACAUAUGAAAUGAUGAUGGUAAAUCCCAGUGGCUAAAGUCACUAUGAAAAAGCUACUGGCCGUUCUCUGAAAGGCAGGACAUGUACAUGUUACCUUCCUUGUGGUUGUUUUAUUGCAAAUAAAUGUGGAAUCAAAUGACAAUAAUCAAGCUGUGGGCUCCUAAAUCACCAGGCUUUUUCUGAUGCUAAUUUGCAAUAUAUACAAAUUUUACAGACCUGCAUGCAUGCAACUGUGCCAGGUAUUUGUAUAUGAUCUCUCUCUCUCUCUCUCUCUCUCUCAAUAUUAAAUCUUUAAUUGAUGUUUUUAAAUUAUUUUUUUCUUUCCCCAAUGUUAAUGUGACUGGCUUUGGCAUCUUCUUCUUUUAUGGUACUUUUGAAAUCCUAUUAAACCUUCCAGUCCCCUCUACUUUAUUGUGUCUGACAUGGAGGGGGCAACUUCUCCUCUUAAUCAUAA